UAAUUAAAUCUAAGGCAAUAUGGAAUAUAAGAGGAAAGCUGAGCAAGAAGCUCUUGUGUUGGUUCCAUCGAAACGUUCUAAAAAUGAACUGGUUUUAUCACAGAACUCGGACGGCGCUUUGUUAGCGGCGGAUGGGCCACCCCGUACCUCUAACCUCCAGGCACCUAUCAUGCUUCUUCUUGGUCACGAGGGUGACAUUUUCUGCGGGAAAUUCUCACCUGAUGGACAGAUUUUGGCAACAUCCGGCUUUGACAGACAAAUCUAUUUCUGGACAGUGUAUGGUGACUGUGAGAAUUUUGCGGUUCUCUCUGGUCAUACAGGGGCUGUCAUGGAACUCCAGUUCUCUACUGAUGGCAGCACGCUAUUUACAGCAGCUACUGACAAAAUAGUAGCUGUUUGGGACGUAGAGGUCGGGGCACGGAUAAAGAAGCUGAAAGGUCAUCAGAGUUUUGUGAACUCAUGUCAUCCUGCGAGGCGUGGCCCUCAGCUAGUAUGUAGUGGUGGAGAUGAUGGUACAAUCAAGCUGUGGGACACAAGAAAGAAGGGCUGCUUACAGACGUUUCAGAACACCUAUCAGGUGACAACAGUAUGUUUCAAUGACACAGCUGAGCAGAUUAUCUCGGGAGGAAUUGACAAUGACAUUAAGGUCUGGGAUUUAAGGAAAAAUGAUAUUCUGUAUCGCAUGAGAGGACACGCAGACACCGUCACUGGACUGGAACUAAGCCCUGAUGGUUCUUACCUUCUCUCUAAUGCCAUGGACAACACAGUUCGGAUCUGGGAUGUGCGACCAUUUGCUCCACAAGAGAGGUGUGUCAAGGUUUUACAGGGUCAUCAGCAUACUUUUGAAAAGAACCUGCUACGUUGUGCGUGGUCGCCGGAUGGCAGUAAGGUGGCAGCCGGAUCUGGCGACCGCUAUGUCUACAUCUGGGACACGACGUCGCGACGAGUCCACAAGCUUCCCGGACACGCCGGAUCCGUCAAUGAGGUCGACUUCCAUCCGUUUGAGCCCAUUGUGUCAUCAGUGGGAAGUGACAAAAAAGUUUAUCUGGGAGAGAUUGAAUGAAGAAGUCAAGAGUUGCAGUGACAGAUCUUCACGCCGCGCAAACAAAAUGUUCAAACCGCUCAUGUAGAGAGGAGAUUAGCAUCUGUUCAUAAGAGACUACUCCUAUGGUUAGGAACUGUGAUGUUGGGAAAAACAUCUAUGUGCAAAGAAGGAUGUGAGAUUCUUUGACAAGCAGCCUAGUUUCUCAGGCAGAUCUCCUUAACCCGUUUGGAGCAUUUAUCAGGGGAGUAACUCAGUCAUAACAACUUGGGCAUGCUGUGAAUGAUUCAGUCUCACGUGGAGUAAAAAUUGGGUUGUUCUGCUGGGUUUUCUGGGCAUAUGGAUAUGUAUGUGGAGAUGAAAGGCUUACAGAAGCCAUGAGAUGUUUUCUCUAACCUGAUUGAUACAAAUUCAAAGAGAACUUAAACAUCUUAUUUCAGUACAAAUAAAAAAGUUUGGGAUUGAGUUUUUAAGCUGGGGUUUUGAGGGGGGUGAUUUGGCAGGUAAAAUUGUCUAAAUUAAUGAAGUUACAGCAGAGAAUUUCAUAAGGAUUCUACAUUACAUUCAAAUGUACUUGCAAAGAGACAGUAAACUACGCUGAAAAUUGCGACUACAAGAUUUGCUGCACCAUCAGAUGUUUCUGUUAGAAGAGGACUGGUCUGUGGUACGAGGUUUGCGUGUUCAAAUCCAGCUCUUGCCAGCUCAGCUGGUGACUUUAGUCUGGACAUUUCUGAACAGACUCCGGCGUGACAUGGGACUUAAAUGUGUUGCUACUUGCGUAUCUAUCUGAGGCUCAAAUUACGCCUCCAGAAGUUAAUCGUAAUGUUACGUCACCAGAUCCCUGGUGUCUAAUUGAUUGGAACACUCAUCUUUGUAUUAUCGAUACGUUAUUCCAUUUCAACAUCACUUUCAUCAUUGAACCGAAUACAUUGUAAAUUAACAACAUGUGAAUAUAUAGACUGAUUUUUGGCUCAUAUAUUUAUUUCUUUAUUAUGUACAAAAAUUUAUAUAUCUCACAAUUUCCAAGACUUCCAAGAUUUCCAAGACUUGGUUUGUUACUAGUUACACUCUUGAACUUCUGCAAUUUUUUAAUGAUUUUGCAUGAUUGUUGUAUGUGUAUUCAAGCAUUUUAUGAGAACAUCUUUGUAGACAUAAAAUCACGCUUUUUGUCAAGCACUGAAAUUGACCAAUCCAACCAUUGCAGGUUUGUCUCCACAACUGAUAUAAAAGGGUGCAAAAAUUGCACUGAAAGUUGCUCUUUGAUGUAAAAAAAAGCUUGAGGUGUGGUCCCACCAGAAAGUCCUCAACGAGUCUCAGGUUGGAAGAACUAAGUGAAAUAAAUCAACUAAAUAAAUCCCGGAGUCAUGAGGGAUAGCCUUUGAUGGUGAAGAGAAUAAAGGCUUUUGCAUGAAGUUUGUUAACUGUUGACCAAUCGGGAAGUUGGUCAGGUAACCCACCGAGCAAGGUGCAGUGAUUGGCAUCAGGUUUCCUCCACCCAUAAUCCUGGUUGCUAACCUAACUACAUGGAAGGUUUGUCAGGUAACCCACCGAGCAAGGUGCAGUGAUCAGCAUCAGGUUUCCUCCACCCAUAAUCCUGGUUGCUAACCUAACUAAAUGGAAGGUUUGUCAGGUAACCCACCGAGCAAGGUGCAGUGAUCAGCAUCAGGUUUCCUCCACCCAUAAUCCUGGUUGCUAACCUAACUACAUGGAAGGUUUGUCAGGUAAUCCACAGAGCAAGAUGCAGUGAUCAGCAUCAGGUUUCCUCCACCCAUAAUCCUGGUUGCUAACCUAACUACAUGGAAGGUUUGUCAGAUAACCCACCGAGCAAGGUGCAGUGAUUGGCAUCAGGUUUCCUCCACCCAUAAUCCUGGUUGCUCACAUAACUGCAUGGGAAAAGUUCUUAAAUGCGGCGUACUUGGCUCUGAUGAGAUGGUAUUCUCAGUUUCUUCAGUAUCAGCAGGGCCCAGGAGCCCCUCACCAAUGCAGUCACUGUAAGUUCAAAUCCAGCUUUUUUUUUUUUCUUCAGGUUGCAGCAACAUGCAGGUGGUCAUAGGUUUCCCCUGCGCUCUUCCCAGUUUUCAUACACCAUAAUACUGGCUGUUGUUGAACAAGUGAAAUAUUCUAGAGUACGGUGUAAAACACCAAUAAAAUAAAUCCAUGUCAGGAAAUCCGCAAAAUACAUACUGGGGCAACCUUCACACAGAUAAUGUACGAUAUUGCACAUACAGGACAAUGGUAUGUUAUUUGUGAUGUACAAAAUAUCGUACGAC